AUUUUGUACUCCCGCAUAACACAAUGAAAACGUCAUAUGGAUCGUGUAUAGAAUACUAAUUAUGAAAAUGUGUACACUCUACGUAGAGCCGGUCAAUGUGUGUUGCAAAUAAUGUGGACAGGUGGGAUUGCACGCAUAUUGUAAUGGCUGCGCAAUGCAUUUUGCAACAAUUUUUCGAAAAUUUUGCAAUAAGAUAAAUAACAGUAUUGAAUCCAAAGGUUUCACGUAAUCAAUUGAUUUUUAUAACAAUCAGUUUAAAUCAGUGCUCUGUUAGAGGCAGUUUAAUUCAAAAGCAAAAUGCCGAAAUUCCUACAUAUUGGCGCGAUAGCGUUUGUGGCGUGUUUGCUACUUUUGCAACAACAAAGCGCACAAGCAUUACUGCGUGACAUUAUCGAUACCAUUGAUCUAUCAAAUUUGGAUUUGGCAAAUUAUGAAUACUUUCGGAAUUUACCGUCACAGAAUCCAAAAACAGCUGGACAGGCGAAUCUCUUUCUAGAACAUUUCCAGAAGAAGAAGGCGGUAUUGGAUUAUAUAGAACACUUGUUUUUAGGUACAUCGCCUUUUACACAAAAGAGUGAAAUACCAUUUAAUCCACAUUUCGGACGUGCAUGGCGUCCAUAUUUUGAACGUCGCUAUGGUAAGCGUGGUGUUAACUUAGUAGAUAUGCUGGGUCGUGGCUACUCACUGCAACAGUUAAAGCAACAAGGUGCAAUUCCGAACGACUUUGGUACACCAUAUUACCCCACGCGCUAAAUUAACAUUAAAUAGUACAAAACUAUGUCCAAUUAUUUACUACAAUUUACUUAUUUAUUUUAAACUAAGUAUUAUUAAAGUACAAAACUUAUUUUGUUUCGAUUUUGCGAAAAA